AUGGUCAAUCGAAGACUGAAGCAACACCUCGAAGCCGGAAAUUUCCUUGAUCACCGACAGCACGCUUUCCGACAAGGUUUCGGAACGACCACCUAUUUCGCAACCCUAGGGGAAGUUCUCAAGAACGCUUACGACAGUGGUCUGUACACCGAGAUAGUAUCGCUCGACAUAUCGAAGGCCUUCAACAGAACGUGGACGCCCCUCGUCCUUAAGCAGUUAAUCGACUGGGGUCUUAACGGACCCAUCGUUCACUUCAUCCAGAACUUCUUGUCCAACCGCUCAUUCCGAGUCGCAGUCGGCAACACCAAAUCCCGGCUUUUCCCCGAGGGUGUCCCACAAGGAUCGGUUAUCGCUGUUAUCCUGUUCCUCGUGGCGAUGAACGGAGUCUGCCGUCAACUACCGAAAAACAUAUGUGUUCAUCUACGCCGACGACAUCCUCAGCGUAACCACCGGACCCACGCCAGUACGUACAAGGAUGAGAGCCCAAGCGACAGUCUCCGCUAUCGCCAGACGGACGGAUCUCGCUCUCGGGCCGGGGUCGGUAUCGGUCUAGCCGGAAACAUCACACCAACCAGCUGGAACUUACCGCCGCAAUGUUCUGUCUUCUCUGCUGAAGCUGCUGCCAUCUUCAUCGAUGCUACAACGCUCUCCGACGGACCGAUCCUGGUCCUCUCGGAUUCGCACAGCGUCAUACAAGCCCUGACAUCUGAGGCCCCGACUAAUCCCCGGGUACAGGUGACGAUGAAGUCCGCGCCACCAAACACGGUAUUCUGCUGGGUUCCGGGGCACUGCGGAAUACCAGGCUACUCUGAAGCUGACUUUCUGGCUGGGGCAGGACCAUCGCCCCUCACUAUACCAACGAAGUACCGUUACACGAUGUCAAGGGCGGGAUCGUGA